AUGGGUAAUACCAGCAAAAAGCUGGCUGCUAAAUGCACUCUACUAACAAAAGAUGAACAGAAGUAUGUAGCAGCUACAUUCCGAGCAGCUAGUAAAAAUUCAGAGAGGAUCAGGGAGGAAGAUCUCAUCGUGAGUGGCAAACUUGACGCAGUGUCAUUAGAAAAAUUUUGGGGUCCCCAAAUAGAUCCAAGGCUAGCACAAUAUCUCACGAACUUUUUAUUCGGCUCCGGCCAGCAAAAGGCAGCUGCGGUGGAUUUUAACCGAUUUGCGGAGUUAUACGUCUUCAAUGUUCGAGGAACAGUAGAGGAAAGAAUGAUGGUCACAUACAACUGCCUUGGUAUGGAUUAUAACGAAGACGUUGAACUGCCUUAUCAACUUCUAAAAGAGUACUGCGAAAGUAUAGUUUCAACAUACAUAAAGAUAGUGAAAUCCUCAUCAAGUAAAAGGGCUCGGACGUGGAUAAAAAAGGGGUUCAGGGCCAGUGCCUCCCACGUGCAGGCCCUGGGGGAAGCCGUGGCGGCCAGCGUGGGGGGAGACCUGGACUCUCCCCAGCACCACUGCACUGCUGCACAACUGUCCAAAUGGCUUCAAUCAAACAUCUUACUAAAACAAGUAGCAGAGCUAGUGUAUGUCAACUUAUAUGGUAUCAACAAGAAAGCAGGAGAUGAGAGUCCUACGCCUUUGCCACCAGCCGCACCAUCUUUACUGCCAGGAUCUGAUGGUCUAGACCCGAUGCCAGACUAUCCAGCCUUCAUCGACAUGUCCCACAUAGUAUGGAUAAAUGCUCACUUGCCACAGAAAUACCAACACAAGUGGAGGUUUCUCUUCUCCACUCACAUACAUGGCGAGUCCUUCUCUACUAUGACUGGACGCAUAAUAGAACAAGGACCAUCAAUCAUCAUCGUGGAGGACUCCAGCGGGUACAUCUUCGGCGGCUUCGCCCCCUGCUCGUGGGGCUUCGGGCCCAACUUCACGGGUACCGACGAGGCCUUCCUCUUUACGUGCGUGCCCAAGAUGAGAGUGUACCCGGCGACCAAUUACAACGACCAUUAUCAGUAUAUGAACCAUCAUACUAAGACUUUGCCUAAUGGAUUGCUAAUGGGGGGUCAGUUUCAUUUCGGUGGUAUCUGGGUGAACGCGGAGCCCUUCGGCGAGGGGGCUUCAGCGGAGUCCUGCAGCACGUUCAAGGGGUACCGGCGCCUAAGCAAGGACCCCACCUUCAGGAUCAGGAGUCUGGAGGUGUGGGGGGUGGGGGAUAAGCCUCUCAUCGAUAAGGAUUCGGAUGAACGUGAUACGAGUAUUUUGGACACAAACCCAGAGGCCAAAGCGAUAUUGGACAUGGCGGGCCGCACGCGUCACAGCGAAGGCAUUCGGGAACCGCCGCCCUUA